AUGGAGGCGCAUAACUUGCAGGCUGCGUCGACUUAUGUCAACAAUAUUCUACUGGCCAGGGGCCUUCUGAAGAGCGGGAGUCCUAUCGAUUUCGCGGAGCCCGACAAUGAGGAGGGGGGCACCGCGGCCACUAUGGCGCGGAUCAUCAACCUGGUCAAUGACCUGGUCCUCAGGAGAGAUCGCGAGGCCGACCACCGUGAGAGCCUUGCGACAACUAUCCGGGCGUUGCGCGUAACCGAAACUGAGCAGACGACCGAAAUUGGCAAACUGAAAACUAAAUCGUCAGAACUAUCACGAUCCCUUGCUCUCGCCGAAGCCCAACAGCGCACGCUGAACUCGAACAUGACCAACGCGGAGACCACCAUCCGCGGGCUCAAGGAACAGUCGCAGCGCAUGAAGGCCACUGUCCAACAAGUCCGCGCGCAAUGCGCCAAUGACGUGCGCAAACGUGAUCUCGAAAUGCAAAAGCUCAAAUCUCAUCUUGCCGAACGACAGCGGGGUAAACGGGAGGGUGGUGGCGAGAGAGUCCACGACCCACAAUACAACCUGAAAGAAGAAACGACGGAGUUCUUGACCGAGCUCUGCCAGAACCUGAGUGAUGAGAACGAUACCCUGAUCGAGCUAGCGCGAAACACGGUUGACACGCUCAAGGAGCUUCAAGGCCUGCCGGAAACCGAAGAUGGAAAAGAAGAAGAGGCUUUGGGCGUGUCCACUGGUGUUGGACACGGCAAGUCCACAAGCGCCGUCACUUCUCUUCCGACUUCCUGCGAGGAGCUUUCUCUCCGCAUGCAUACCGUUCUUGACCACCUGCAGACCCUACUUACCAAUCCUUCCUUCGUGCCACUGGAAGAGGUUGAGCUUAGAGACGAGGAAAUAAUCAGACUUCGUGAGGGAUGGGAGAAGAUGGAGACCCGAUGGAAACAAGCUGUCACAAUGAUGGAUGGAUGGCAGCGACGCCUGGCGGAUGGUGGUGGCUCUGUUCAAGUAGAAGAGUUGACCCGAGGCAUGAAUCUCGAUCUGAGCUUCACCUCAACAGAGGAUGUUAGCAUGCAGAGUAGAGACGGUGCACACACUAUUUCGCCAAUUAUUGAAGACCAGGAGGAUGUGCCGAUGAGCGAAGCUGAAGACUCGACCGUUGCCGAGGCCCCCAACCCUCCGAAAACACGAUCCAAGAUCCGCAAAGUGCCUGAAAGGUCGGAACGCGCGCUUAAGGAACGUAGCGAUAACGCAACUUUGGCUGCCAAGCCAAAACGCCACCGAAAGGUGUCGUUUACCCCGGGCCUAGCAGGGUCUCCAGCCAUUCCCAGUCCGGAUGUCGCGGAGGAGAACCUUCAGAUCAAGACCCUCAAAUCCGAAGCUGUUACUCGACGGUCAUCUCGCCGCAAGUCCGAUCCGAAAACCACUCGUCAAACAACUGGCGCUGAGCCUCGAAUGAGUGUUCGCCAGAAGCUCGCUGCAGCGGAGGAUGAAGCUCGCACUGCUGAGCAAGCGCGCAAAGAGGGCGAGACACGAAAGCGCAGUCGCCCAGAGAAGACAGCUACACGUUCUAGCAACCGCCGACGAAGCACUCUCACUAUUGACGAGUUGGAGGAUUUGAUGGGCGUACCCUCCCGGUAG